CCGCACUUGUAGUCCCGCCCCCGGGUUUGCUGCCCUCUGCUGGUUGGCCUGGGUGUGUUUCUCGCGGCCUGCUCGUUGCUAAUAUCUCAUUGAAUUCGCCUUCGUGUUCAGAAGAUACCGGCUGGUGCUUUGUGCAGCCCUGGCGACUCCGACUUGGCAACGGCAGCGCUUGUCCGCAUGGCGGCGGCGCUCGGACAACGUAGAGCUCAUGAGCUCCAAGAGACGCAGAGCCACGUCCCCAUCCAGCAGUGUCAGCGGUGGAGACUUUGACGAUUCACCCCAUGCCACAAGUACCCCGAACUCUGUCAGGAAAAGGAGGAGACUUGCUAAUGUGGCCACUGUGGAUCCAAUUGCCGUGUGCCAUGAACUCUACAACACAGUUAGAGACUACAAAGAUGAUCAAGGUCGGAUUCUAUGUGAACUCUUUAUUAGGGCACCGAAACGCAGGAAUCAACCGGAUUACUAUGAAAUUGUUUCCCAGCCGAUUGAUUUGAUGAAAAUCCAGCAGAAACUAAAGAUGGAGGAAUAUGACGAAGUCAGCUUGUUGACUGCAGAUUUUCAGCUGCUGUUCAAGAAUGCCAAAGCAUAUUACAAGUCUGAUACGCCAGAAUACAAAGCUGCAUGUAAACUUUGGGAUCUUUAUGUACGCACAAAAAAUGAGUUCGUCCAGAAGGGUGACUGCGAGGAGGACGAUGACGAAGAUGAUGCACAGGAUACUGCAGAAGGAGAGGUAGGUUAUGAAAGUGCAUCUCAGAAUUAUUUGAAGCCCAUCCUGGAACAACUUUUGGAAUCUGUCACCUCUGCCACAGAUCCCAAUGGCAGGCUAAUCAGUGAACUGUUUCAGAAAGUCCCAUCUAAAAUGCAUUACCCAGACUACUAUGCCAUAAUUAAAGAUCCCAUAGAUCUGAAGACAGUAUCACAGAGGAUACAGUCUGGUUACUAUAAAAGUGUUAAUGCAAUGGCCAAAGACAUUGAUCUGCUAGCAAAGAAUGCGAAAACUUACAACGAGCCAGGUUCCCAGGUGUUUAAGGAUGCAAAUAACAUAAAGAAACUUUUUGCCAUGAAGAAAUCAGAAGUUGAUUAUACAGAGUCUUCCAAGUCAAGUUUACGUAGCAGGAACAAGCGACCUGCACAGGGGGAUAGACUCUCUGCUAUCACAAUGGCACUGCAGUAUGGCUCUGAGACAGCGGCAGCAGCAGCUACAGCUACAGCAGCAACAUCUUCAUCAUCCAUCCGCUAUGACGAAGCAGAGUCGGAAGGCGAAAGUGUUGCUUCUUUUAUGGACAUAUCAAAUCCUUUAUACCAGCUUUAUGAGACUGUCAGGUCUUGCCGAAAUAACCAGGGUCAACUGAUUGCUGAACCUUUCUUUCAACUUCCAUCAAAGAAAAAAUAUCCUGAUUAUUACCAGCAAAUCAAAAAUCCCAUCUCGUUAUAUCAGAUCAGAAAUAAGCUAAAGAACCAAGAAUUUGAGAGUCUGGACCACUUGGAAGCCGAAUUAAAUUUGAUGUUUGAGAAUGCUAAACGGUAUAAUGUUCCAAACUCUGCAAUAUACAAAAGGGUGUUUAAAUUGCAGCAGCUUAUGCAGGCGAAAAAGAAAGAGCUGGCUCGUAGAGACCUCGAUAUAGAGGACGGCGACAGCAUGAUUUCCUCCGCCACAUCUGACACCGGCAGUGCUAAAAGGAAGAGCAAGAAAAACAUAAGGAAACAACGGAUGAAGAUUCUGUUCAGUGCAGUCCUAGAGGCUCGGGAACCAGGCACUGGACGUCGCCUCUGUGAUCUUUUCAUGUUCAAACCAUCCAAAAAGGACUAUCCUGACUACUAUAAAAUUAUUCUGGAGCCCAUGGACUUAAAAACAGUUGAACAAAAUAUUCGUUCAGAGAAGUAUGUAACCGAAGAAGCUUUGAUGGAUGACAUGAAGUUAAUGUUUCGGAAUGCCUGGCACUAUAAUGAAGAAGGCUCACAGGUUUAUAAUGAUGCACACAUACUAGAUAAAAUCCUUAAAGAAAAGAGGAAAGAGCUUGGUCCUGUGCCAGAUGAUGAGGACGUGGCCUCUCCAAAACUCAAGUUGAGUAGAAAAAGUGGAAUUUCUCCUAAGAAAGCCAAGUAUUUGAGUCCUAUGCAGCAAAAGCUGAACGAGGUAUAUGAAGCGGUGAAGAACUAUACUGAUAAACGUGGCAGACGCCUCAGCGCCAUCUUUUUGCGGCUUCCAUCCCGCUCUGAGCUCCCUGACUACUAUUUAACCAUCAAAAGGCCCAUCGAUAUGGAAAAGAUCAGGAGUCACAUAAUGGCCAAUAAAUACCAGGACAUUGAUGCUAUGUGUGAGGACUUUGUGACCAUGUUUAAUAACGCAUGCACUUAUAAUGAACCAGAGUCCUUAAUUUACAAGGAUGCGUUGGUCCUACAUAAAGUAUUGCUUGAAACCAGAAGAGACAUUGAAGGAGACGAGGACUCUCAUGUGCCCAAUGUGACACUCCUUAUCCAGGAGCUUAUUCACAACCUUUUUGUGUCUAUGAUGAGUCAUCAGGAUGAUGAAGGAAGGUGUUAUAGUGACUCUCUUGCUGAAAUUCCUGCCGUUGACCCCAGAUUUCCUAAGCGCCCACCACUGACUUUUGAAAUAAUCCGAAAGAAUGUAGAAAACAACCGGUAUCGGCGGCUUGACUUGUUCCAGGAGCACAUGUUUGAGGUACUGGAAAGAGCUCGACGGAUGAAUCGAACGGACUCUGAAAUCUAUGAGGAUUCUGUGGAACUCCAGCAAUUCUUUAUAAAGAUCAGAGAUGAGCUUUGCAAGAAUGGAGAAAUCCUACUGUCACCUGCUUUGAGCUACACAACUAAACACCUCCACAAUGAUGUUGAAAAGGAGAAAAAGGAAAAGCUGCCAAAAGAAUUUGAAGAGGACAAGGCCAAACGAGAAGAGGAAAAGAAAGAAGCUGAAAAAACUGAAGAUCCUGGAGGAGUUUCUGGCCAGUCAGGGUUAUACCGCACCUAUAGUCAGGACUGCAGCUUUAAGAACAGCAUGUAUCAUGUGGGAGACUAUGUGUACGUGGAGCCCGCUGAGCCCAACCUGCAGCCACAUAUUGUUUGCAUAGAACGUCUUUGGGAGGACAAUGCUGGUGAGAAAUGGUUGUAUGGCUGCUGGUUUUAUCGGCCCAAGGAAACAUUCCAUCUCGCCACUAGGAAAUUUUUGGAGAAGGAGGUUUUCAAGAGUGACUACUACAACAAAGUCCCAGUGAAUAAAAUACUUGGCAAAUGUGUUGUCAUGUUUGUAAAGGAAUAUUUUAAAUUAUGUCCUGAAAACUUCAGAGAUGAGGAUGUGUAUGUGUGCGAGUCUCGAUAUUCUGCCAAAACCAAAUCCUUCAAAAAGAUUAAGCUAUGGACGAUGCCCAUCAGUUCAGUCCGGUUUAAGCCCCGAGAUGUGCCUCUGCCUGUGGUGCGAGUGGCUUCUGUGUUUGCACUAAAGAAUAAAGAAGAAGAAGAGCCACCAGCUGAGAGCACAGAGGAAAUGAAAGAAGAGGAGGACAGUACUAUCUGCUUGGAGAAGGAAAAAGAAGACGUUCCAGUUGACAUGCCUAAUGGGGAACCUGGUUGCCAUUACUAUGAGCAGCUUCGUUACAAUGACAAGUGGUUGAAAGUUGGGGACUGUGUGUUUAUCAAGUCUCAUGGUCUUGUUAGGCCAAGAGUGGGCAGGAUAGAGAAAAUGUGGCUUCGCGAUGGAGCCGCCUAUUUUUUUGGACCAAUAUUUAUUCAUCCUGAGGAGACAAUCCAUGAGCCAACUAAAAUGUUCUACAAGAAGGAAGUAUUCUUAAGUAACUUGGAAGAGACCUGCCCAAUGGCCUGCAUCUUAGGAAAGUGUGCAGUGUUAUCAUUCAAGGAUUUUCUGUCUUGUCGCCCUACCGAAAUCCCUGAAAAUGAUGUAUUGCUUUGUGAAAGUCGGUAUAAUGAGAGCGACAAGCAAAUGAAGAGGUUUAAAGGACUAAAAAGAUUUUCAUUGUCUGCAAAGGUUGUGGAUGAUGAAAUAUAUUAUUUCAGAAAACCUAUUGUGCCUCAGAAAGAACCAUCUCCCCUCCUGGAAAAGAAGAUCCAGGACUUAGAGGCCAAGUUUGCUGAGUUGGAGGGAGGUGAUGAAGAGAUUGAAGAUAUGGGAGAAGAGGAGGGUGAGAUCUUGGAGACUCCAUCUCUCCCACAGCUCCAAACACCCUUGACUGGUGAAUUGGAUAUCAUGCCAUACACUCCCCCACAGUCAACGCCAAAGUCUGGCAAGAGCAGCACCAAGAAAGAAGGAGGGAAGAGGAAGAUUAACAUGAGCGGUUACAUCCUUUUCAGUAGUGAAAUGAGGGCUGUGAUUAAAGCUCAGCAUCCAGACUACUCGUUUGGUGAACUCAGUCGUUUGGUAGGAACGGAGUGGCGGAAUCUGGAGGCCACAAAGAAAGCCGAUUAUGAAGGGGUAAUGGCACAAGGAGUACCCUCCAUGGCUGGAACACCUGCAACUGGAAAUAAUCCAUACAAUCAGCAGAUGGGAUUGCUUGUUGCUUCCGGACAGCAGGCCCCGCCUCCAUAUCCUGGUCAGGGUCAAGUUAGUCAGCCAGCUGUACAGCAGCCUUCAACCCCUGUGUUUGUUGCGCCCCCACCCAGGACUCAAAAGUUACUCCAUUCAGAAGCAUACUUGAAAUACAUAGAAGGAUUAACAGCUGAAUCCAACUGCAUCAGCAAAUGGGACCAGACACUGUCAGCUCGGAGACGAGACAUCCACUUGUCAAAAGAGCAGGAGAGCCGGCUUCCUUCCCACUGGUUGAAGAGCAAAGGGGCCCACACAACUAUGGCCAAUGCAUUAUGGCGUCUCAGAGAUCUCAUGCUUAGAGACACCUUAAACAUCCGGCAUGCAUACAACCUGGAAAACAUCUAAGUUUGUCAAUAUUGUUUUCUCCUUUCAUACUGAAUUUUGUGGAACAAUCAAUGUUUUUAGUAACUGUAGAGCCAGGACAAUAUUUUUUAUUCCAUUUCUGUACAUUGUAAGACCAUUUUGAUAUAAGGACAUUUUUAAUAAGCUUAUUUUGACUUUUUGUUUUGUUUUUUUUUGUUAUGUAUUGAGUUCAUGUCAAAUACAACAUUUUUACAUCUC